AUGUUCGCUCGUCAAGCUUUCCGAUGUGCACAGCCUCUCAGACAGAGCUUACGCACUUACUCUACGGAUGCACCAAAGGCCAAGAAGUCUCUGGCCCCUAUCUAUGCCACUGUCGGUGCUGUUGGUCUUGCUGUCGGCCUGUACCGCUACAACUCCGCGGCAUCGACAGAGCCGAAGGAGCGUGCCAAGGUCUUCACGGGUGGUGAUCAAGGAUUCAUUAGCUUGAAGUUGGCCGCCGUUGAGGAUUUGAGCCAGGACACGAAGAAGUUCCGCUUUGAAUUCCCAGACAAGGAAGCUGUAGCUGGCUUGCCUGUCACCUCUGCCUUGUUGACAAAGUUCAAGCCGUCUGAGUCGGAAAAGGCUGUCCUCCGCCCAUACACCCCUGUGAACGAUGAAGAUGAACCUGGCCAUCUCGACCUUGUGGUCAAGAAAUACAACAAGGGCCCCAUGUCCACCCACAUUCACAACCUGAACGUUGGCGAUGAACUCCAGUUCAAGGGUCCUCUGCCUAAGUACCCCUGGGAAGCCAACAAGCAUAAGCACAUCUCUCUGAUCGCGGGCGGUACUGGAAUUACUCCUAUGUAUCAGCUUAUCCGUGCGAUCUUCAAGAACCCCGAUGACCAGACCAAGGUUACUCUUGUCUUUGGUAACGUCACGAAGGAUGACAUCCUUCUGAAGAAGGAAUUCGACGAGCUGGAGAACACCUACCCUCGGCGCUUCAAGGCAUUCUAUCUCCUCGACAACCCUCCCAAGGACUGGACUGGUGGAAAGGGCUACAUCACCAAGGACCUUCUGAAGACUGUCCUUCCUGAGCCCAAGGAGGAAAACAUCAAGAUCUUCGUUUGCGGACCGCCUGGCCUCUACACUGCCCUCAGCGGAAACAAGGUCAGCCCGAAGGACCAGGGUGAGCUGAGCGGUGCUCUGAAGGAAUUGGGCUACGACAAGGACCAGGUGUACAAGUUUUAA